CCAUCCUGAGCCGACCAACUGGUCCCACUAAAGUAGAAACUCUUCACAUUAUACAGCAAAACCUGAGAUUUCACUUCACAGAGGUGUCGCCCGCAUUCAGUCGUCCUCAUGAAAGGUGAGAAAGAAAUCACGGCCAAAACGGAGCCGUCGAACGGGCCGAACCGUCCGCUGGAGGUCGUCCCACAUACAGAUGAGAAGAUGACGGAGCGCGGCCAGUGGAGCAAUAAACUGGAGUUUGUUCUGUCGGUGGCCGGAGAAAUCAUCGGCCUGGGAAACGUCUGGCGUUUUCCUUAUCUCUGCUAUAAGAACGGAGGAGGUGCGUUCUUCAUUCCGUACCUGAUCUUCCUCUUCACCUGCGGUAUUCCCGUCUUCUUUCUGGAGAUCUCUCUGGGUCAGUACACCAGUCAGGGAGGAAUCACCUGCUGGAGGAAAAUCAGCCCGCUGUUUGAAGGCAUUGGAUACGCCACACAAGUAAUUGUGGCCCUGUUGAACUUCUACUAUAUAAUAGUUUUGGCCUGGGGAAUAUUUUAUCUCUCCUUUUCAUUCACGUGGGAUCUGCCGUGGUCUUCCUGCAACAACACCUGGAACACAGAGUCCUGCGUGGAGUUCCAAAGACGAAACGAUUCCAUUGAGCAAAGCAACAUGGAAAACGCAACAUCACCAGUCAUUGAAUUUUGGGAACGGAGAGUUUUACGGAUCUCUUCUGGAAUCGAUGAGAUAGGAAUGCUGCACUGGGAUCUGGUGUUGUGUCUGUUGUUGGCCUGGGUUCUCUGUUACUUCUGUAUCUGGAAGGGUGUCAAGUCCACUGGAAAAGUGGUUUAUUUCACCGCAACCUUUCCAUACGCGAUGCUGUUGAUUUUACUGAUCAGAGGAGUCACGCUGCCCGGAGCUUCCCGAGGGAUCAAGUACUACCUUUAUCCUGAUCUGGGAAGAUUAGCCGAUCCACAGGUGUGGAUGGAUGCAGGCACACAGAUCUUCUUCUCGUACGCCAUCUGUCUGGGCUGUCUCACUGCACUCGGAAGCUACAACAAAUAUAACAACAACUGCUACAGAGAUUCUUUGGCUCUGUGUUGUCUGAACAGUGGAACGAGUUUUGUGGCUGGAUUUGCCAUCUUCUCGAUUCUCGGCUUCAUGUCUUACGAGCAGAACGUCCCCAUUUCAGAGGUGGCCGAGUCUGGUCCUGGUUUGGCGUUCAUCGCGUACCCGCGGGCCGUGUCCAUGAUGCCCAUCUCUCCUCUGUGGGCCUGUUUCUUCUUCAUCAUGAUCGUUCUUCUGGGUUUAGACAGUCAGUUUGUGUGUGUGGAGAGUCUGGUGACAGCGAUGGUGGACAUGCACCCGUCUCUGUUCCGCCGGAAGAACCGCAGGGAGCUGCUCAUCCUCGUCGUGGCGGUCGUGUCAUUCCUCGUGGGUCUCAUUAUGCUCACCGAGGGUGGGAUGUACGUCUUCCAGCUGUUUGACUAUUACGCAGCGAGUGGCAUGUGUUUGCUCUUUGUAGCUGUCUUUGAGACGGCCUGCAUCGCCUGGAUUUACGGUGCUGAUCGAUUCUACGACAACAUUGAGGACAUGAUUGGAUAUCGUCCUGGCCCUUACAUUAAAUACUGCUGGAUGUUUUUUACUCCAGCCACGUGUCUCUGUACGUUUGCAUUCUCCUUGAUCAAAUACACUCCUCUGAAGUAUAAUAAUGAGUAUGUGUACCCGUGGUGGGGUUACGCUCUCGGCUGGCUGCUGGCUCUGUCCUCUAUGGUGUGUAUUCCUCUGUGGGCGGUGUCUAAACUGAGCAGGUCCAAAGGUUCCCUCAAAGAGCGUUUCAUCGAGCUCACGACACCGUCCCCAGACCUGCCCAAGACCAGGCAAGAACAAGAGAAACUUCAGGCCAUUUUUGUGGCCGAUGGCGGCAGUCUUCGUCAAAGAGGCGUCCCGACCAAAGACGGCUACUUCCCCGUCAGCGAGAAAGAGUCGCACUGUUAACCGUCCCGCCGCGUGUUACCACGUGAUAAACCCUUCCGUGAUACCUCACAAUACUGGCAGCCAAAUAAACACGAGGACCUUUACAUUGAUGAAACACUCCUGAAACGAGAAGAGGAGUGUUUGUGUUUCUAUUCUGCUCUCACGGGCCUUUUGAUUUUACAGAUGCAGAAUGUUCUUCUGAAUAAACAGCGAGAGCAGAUUUUACAAUCUGAGCAAAAGAAACAUGAAUGCGAGUUUGCUAUGACGGUGGGUUUAAAAUCCCUCACUUUCUAUUUACAGUAUAAAAGCGUUUUUCCCCUCUUGUGUCUCACCAUUGGGACCCUUCGCCCAGCAUGUGGCAGACUGGAUCAGAAUCGAAAGCUGGAUGUCUGAGGACCGUUUCGGUUCAAACCACCAACACAUCUGCUUUCUGAGGAAGCAAAUUAGACUUCUAGAAUCGAUGUGGAUUUGCAUCAUUAAUAUAACAGAGUAUGUGGGGUUUAGUGUGCAUGAGUUAGACUUUCAGUAGAGCUUUUAACAGAUCUGACAGUACUAAAGCAAGAGUUUAGUAUUAACGUAUGUGUAUGGUAGCCCUGAUAGCACACUCCAUCUGGCUUACGUCUGCAAGACAUCUGCAAUACAUAGUUUGCUCAUCUGCAAUAUGUCUCGGAGACGUCUGCUAAAGAUCUGGAAAACAUCUUAGAAAGAGCUGUUGUACAUCCAUCCAUCCAAAUCAUCUUCCAGAUGUCUAUAUGACGUCUGACAGCAGACGUAUUGCAGAUGAGCAAACUAUGUAUUGCAGACGUCACGUAGACGUAUGCCAGAUGUAUGUGUCCUAUCAGGGAGCCUACUGUGAGAUCAUGCGAAACUAUUGACAGUGUUACACAGGGUCAAAAAUCAAGAUGUAAUCUGCAAAAUGUUGCGGGAGGAAAGCUGGUAUACAGUAAAUCAAAUUGUCUCACAUGAUUUUGUGUGUUUUCUGAAUGUAUACAUGUUAAUGUCUGCAAAAAUCAACGCGGUCACAUGUUAUGGACCAUUCAGUUGUCUGCUCUUGGUUUUUUGGGAAGUGUUGACGUGUUAUGUGAAAGCAGUCUUUAUGUAUAUAUCUUGUACAGAACGGCCUAGUUUGAUUUUUACAACAUUGUACAAAACGUGUUUGAUUUCCAGAUAUAUUACUCCUGUAUGAACAUUACACCAAUAAAAGACUAUUAUAAACUA